AUGUCGGAGAAACUUAUACCUUGGAUAUUAAAUGGUCAAGAUAUCUUGACUACCGGUGUGACUCAACAAGUAGUUGAUCCAAAUGGUUGUCAGCUAACGCCAGCAUCUUGCUUACGUGAUCUUGAGAAGGACGUAAAUAUGUUGGCUGAAAUUGCUGCAACGGGUAUGCAAAAAUGGAGGGACAUUCUGUUUCUGGAUAAAAGGAAAAUAUAUGAAAGGGCAAAGAUCUUAGCACUUGAAAGGCAAGAUGAACUUAAAGAAGCGCAUGUUGAGAUUGGAGGACCUGAUUGGUUUGUAAACUUUAAUGUUGGUACAUUGAUUGACUUUAUUGAUGAAUAUUCAGCUCAACUAUCAGCUAGUGAUGGAGAAAUAGUCAAACUGAACGCUAGUAAGUUGGCAAUGGUGAUUAAGGAGCCAAUAGGUCCAGUACUCUCUAUGAGUCCUUGGAAUGCUCCAGUCAUUCUUUGUGCCAGAUCCAUAUUGGCACCAUUAACUGCAGGUUGUUCUGUUGUUAUCAAACUGACAGAGAAAUGUCCUCGAGUUGCAUAUUUGUUAGUACGUUUGUUUCUUGAAGCAGGCGUACCUGGUGAGACCAUUCAAUUGGCUCAUACAACCAUUGAAGAUACCCCUAAGUUUGUAGAUUUGAUGCUUAAGAAUGUUUUCAUCAAAAAGAUCAACUUUACAGGUUCAACUAACGUGGGUAAAAUCAUUGCAGGAGUUGCUGCCAAAUACUUGAAACCAUGUUUACUUGAAUUAGGAGGUAAGAACUCCACCAUUAUAGAACCUGAUGCUGAUUUGGAUGAAGCUAUUCCUAAGACUAUCUGGGCCAGUUGGGCUCAUCAAGGCCAAAUAUGUAUGUCUACUGAUAGUUGCUAUGUUCAUGAGUCAAUAUUUGAGAACUUUAAAACCAAAUUGCAAACAGUUGCUGAAGAAUUAGCUAAGGAACCACAAUUUAAUCAUAAGGUGAGAGAUUCUUCUAUAGGAUCUAAGGUCAAAACUCUUAUUGAUGAUGCUUUAACUAAAGGUGCAUCAUUGAUAUUCCCAGAUAUUAUUCCAGAUGACGAAAGCUCAACAGUUAUACUUGGAGACAUUACUGAUAGGAUGGAAAUAUCUCAUACUGAAAUAUUUGGUCCAGUCCUCACUCUAUCUAGUUAUCUGGACACCAAAGAACUUAUCCAAAAACUUAACGAAGGUUCUUAUGGGAUGAAGGUUUCCCUUUGGUCUAAAGAUAUAAUGAAGGCCCUUGAUUAUGCCAAACAAAUACAAGUUGGUGGAGUCCAUAUUAAUCUGCCUACUAUCCAUGAUGAAUCUACCUUACCACAUGGAGGAGUUAAUUUAAGUGCAAGUGGGGAGUGCAAGAGUUCCAAAUGA